CUAGGAUACCAGGGGCCGUUACCGAGGCGCGGGGAGAUGACGACAUUCCACCACCUACCGCCGUCGCCGCUGCCGUCGUCGCCGCCGCCGCUCGCGUGCCUGGGUUGGCCCCUUCGACGACUUCCCUUGGAGCAUUUGCUCAUCACUGCCCUCCUCGGUGGGCAGCUGCUGCCCCUGCCCUGAGGAUGACUAAGGCACCAUGGGUCACACACUGUGUAUCUGCUCCCGAGGGACCCUCACAAUCGACAACAAGAGAUACCUCUUCAUACAGAAACUGGGAGAGGGUGGAUUCAGCUAUGUGGACCUGGUGGAGGGUCUGCAGGAUGGGCAUUUUUAUGCCUUGAAGAGAAUCCUGUGCCAUGAGCAACAGGACCAGGAGGAAGCACAGCGAGAAGCUGACAUGCAUCGACUGUUUCAGCACCCCAAUAUCCUUCGCCUUGAAGCCUAUUGCUUGACAGAACGGGGCUCCAAGUGUGAGGCUUGGCUGCUUCUGCCCUUCUUCAAGAGGGGUACAUUAUGGAAUGAAGUGGAAGGGCUGAAAGACAAAGGCAGCUUCCUACCGGAGGAUCAGAUCUUGCUGCUGCUGUUGGGCAUUUGCAGAGGCCUAGAGGCCAUUCAUGCCAAGGGUUUUGCCCACAGGGACCUGAAACCAACCAACAUUUUGCUUGGAGACGAUGGGCAGCCAGUGCUAAUGGACUUGGGCUCCAUGAAUCAGGCACGAAUCCAAGUGGAAGGCUCCCGACAAGCACUGGCCCUGCAGGACUGGGCAGCCCAGCGUUGUACUAUCUCGUAUCGUGCCCCUGAACUCUUCUCUGUACAGAGCCACUGUGUCAUUGACGAACGAACUGAUGUUUGGUCCCUAGGUUGUGUGCUGUUUGCUAUGAUGUUUGGAGAAGGCCCCUAUGACAUGGUGUUCCAGAAAGGGGAUAGUGUGGCCUUGGCAGUACAGAACCAGCUGAGCAUUCCCCAGAACCCCAGGCAUUCCCCAGCCUUACGGCAGCUACUGGCCUCCAUGAUGACUGUGGACCCCCAGUGCAGGCCGCAUACUUCUCUCCUUCUCAGUCAAUUGGAGAGUUUGCAGCCCACGGCUCCAGGCCAACAUACCACCCACAUCUGACAGCCCUGGAGAGUGUGUAGUCAGGCCAAGAACGUGGACCUUCGUAUAAAAGGGAAGUCUUUUUCCUCAAUGGGACUUUCAGAAUAACAGACUCUGAUCCACUAUCCCAAUACAGAGGUGCCUCUGAGCUCCUCCCCACAAAGGACCAAGAGUGGGUCCUUGAGAAGGGACCUGGCUGCCCCAGAAGUGCAAAAAUGGUAGCACACGGCAUGACUGGGCCUUUUGAACUGGACCACUAGGCUCCCAUCAUGGUCUGCCCCCAAAUUUGGUGGGGGGGUGGGGGGAGUGAAAUAGCAUCUGAGAACAUGUAAAUACAGAAGUAAAGCUAAAACAUGGCCUUUUA